AUGGUGUCUUCCGCUUCCACUUCUGAACCCUUCAACGGGGUGCCAACUGGCCCAAUUGACGCAUAUGUCCUCUUUGAGGCUCUCACUGGGCGAAAGCUUGACAGGACUUCUUUUCCAGUGAGACCGGCCGCACCAGAAGACUACGAUGACCUCAGCGAUAUUGACCAUGGCCAUCAAAUGCUUGGGGACGAGCCGUCCCCUGACGAUAGACCCAACCAUGUUCAGGUCGGAGUCAUCAACCCCUAUGCCCUGGUCGAGAACAUGAUUGGCCACAAGAUCGACCGCAAUUCCCGUGCCGCUAUUCGUAUCCUCUCGGACACCCUACAGACCGACUACGAGGAGCUCUUCGACAUGAAGCACAACUCAGUCCUCCACGCAGGCCUCAAGCUCAACGAGAAGGACCGGGAGGCCGAAGAGCUGUCCGAGAAGGAGAUGCGUAUCCUUGACGAGAGAGACCUCGUGACGCCUGAUCUCUCCCGCGUCCUGAAGGUGGGCGACCUCGAGAAAAUCGGAUUGAAGGACCUCGGCAACACGCGCAUCAAGAGGGCCUGUCUAGAGAACGGCAAGCUCCAUCUCGUGCUCAAUGCACACACCCUCGGCAAGACGGUUUGCAACCGCGAGGUGACCAUGACGAUGAAUGAACUGUGUUUGCCAUUCAGGCGAGACGACAACAAGAAGGACAACUUCAGACCGCCCAACAGCUCCUGGCGUGACGUGCGCGAGGCGCUCCUCCAGAACCGACACAACAGCAUGUCUCGCCACCCCAUCAAUGCCAUGAACUCAUUUCACGACUUCGGCUGGGAAGCCCAGGGACGCCAUCAUCACAUGCGAAUGUUCGACGACCCGGUCCAGGGUGCCGCGGCCAACAGCUGGUUCAUCGCAGCCCUGUUUUCGGUCUUCUGGGCCGACCCGACUGUCAUUAAUCGUUCAGCGGCUGGCUUGCACGAGCAGAUGAGACGGGGCAACGAUGAGCAACAGCAGCUCCAUAUCAAGUUCCACGACAAGGGCGGGCGCAACAACGCCAAGACCAGCGUCGUCAGGGUCGAUUAUGAGGUUCCUGUCAACAACUCCAGCUCGGACCCUGUGUACUGUCGAUCCAGCGACGGGUUCGCCGUCUGGCCAUCGUUGUAUGAGAAGGCGUUCGCAAAGUGGAUCACCAACAACUCCAACAACUCCGACUCAGAGCACCACAGCGAGCACAUCGACAUCACGCAGACGCACCACGGAGACCCCGUGAAAGCCAUGGCGCAGCUCAACGGCCGCUCGCCGCACUACUACUUCACGCACAAGCACUCCGGCCCGGAGCUCGUCGGCCUCGUGCGCGCCAACAGCGUCAACCACCGCACCAUCACGCCCAUGGUGGCCUGGACGCACGCCACGGGGCGCGACUUCACGUACCGCGGCGCCAAUAUGGUCGCGAACCACGCCUACUCGGUGUUGGGCUGGUCCAGCACCGGCCAGGGCGAGAAGCAAUACAUCAUCAUCCGCAACCCCUGGGGCGUCACCGAGCCCCAUGGCGUAACGAGCUACCCCGGUCUGCUUGAUCGUGUUGAGCCGGAGUACUGGCGACCGGCGGCCUGCGUCGAUCGCGAUGGCUUGUAUGCGCUUGAGGUCACGGCUUUCAAAGAAUACUUCGCUUGCAUUGGUGUCGCCAAGUAG